AAUUUAACCUCAUCUUCGAAUCUCCCAACAGAUUUCCGCGCGUAGGUAGCAAAGGAAGUCGACGAUCCGGUCAGUAUGAGUUCCACAACCGUUCUUCGAGAGCUACAACGCGAGCUUGAGUCGAAAGCCAACGAUCUCAGCAAGCUACAAAAAGAUAUUGCGAAGAAUCACCAAGUGAGGAAGAAAUACACUAUUCAACUUGGUGAGAACGAGCUCGUCCUCAAGGAAUUGGAUCUACUCAGAGAUGACGCAAAUGUAUUUAAACUGAUUGGUCCAGUGCUCGUGAAGCAGGAUCUGGCAGAAGCAAAUGCAAACGUGCGCAAGAGAAUUGAUUACAUCUCUGCAGAAUUGAAACGUCUGGAUUCAGCCCUUCAAGAUUUGGAAGAGAAGCAAAAUAGCAAGAGAGACGCUAUAUUGAAGUUACAGCAGAGGAGUCAAUCUCUGCAGGCUGGAAAAGCUAAAGCGUAACAUGUUCGGUUGUUUUUUUAGAUGUACGUCCUGAACUUCUGUUUAUUUUUUUGCAAUCUCUCUUGUACCAGUUAAAGAUGCACUGCUCACCCAAAAGCUUGACAAUAUUUAGUUAAUUCAAUUUUUAUAAUAGAUUUGUGCCUUGCAUCUGUUGAACUUUUA